ACUGCGACUUUCAUUGUUGCGUGUUUAUUUUUACGAAUUUCAAUCUGUUUCCGUCGCAUCCGGGUAAUACGUAUUUCGAUAAUUGCCGUUUGUUAGCAGAAGCCGCAAGUCUAUCCAAAAUGCCUGCCGAGAACCUCGAAGAGCAGGGUUUGGAGAAAAACCCUAACCUGGAGCUGUCGCAGGUCAAGUUUCUCCUCAGCUUGCCCGAGUUCCGGCAGGACAAGAAGCUGUCCGAGAAGCUGCUGGCGGCGAUCCGGGCCGAAAAUAUGGCGCCGUGGUACGAGGAAGUGUGCAACGAUCUGAGCUGGCCCGUCGACCAGAAACUGCUGGGCGAAAUGCGCGAAACGAAUCGCAAGAAGCUGGAGCAGCUAGAUGCCGCAAUCGAGGACGCGGAUAAGAAUCUCGGCGAAAUGGAGGUCCGGGAGGCGAACCUGCGCAAAUCGGAAUAUCUGUGCCGGAUCGGGGACAAAGACCGCGCCAUCUCCGCCUUCCGCACGACGUACGAUAAGACCGUUUCGCUGGGCCACCGGCUGGACAUUGUGUUUCACAACAUUCGCAUCGGACUGUUUUACCUCGACCACGAUCUCAUCACGCGCAACAUUGAGAAGGCCAAGUACUUGAUCGAGGAGGGCGGUGACUGGGAUCGGCGCAACCGUCUGAAGGUGUACCAGGGUGCUUACUGCAUCGCGAUCCGGGACUUUAAGGCGGCGGCCAACUUCUUCCUCGACACCGUCAGCACCUUCACGAGCUACGAGUUGAUGGAGUACUCGACCUUCGUCCGCUACACGGUGUACGUGGCCAUGAUCAGUUUGCCGCGCAACGAACUGCGCGAUAAGGUCAUCAAGGGUGCGGAAAUACAGGAGGUGCUGCACCAGACACCGGACGUGAAGGAGUAUCUAUUUUCGCUGUACAACUGCCAGUACGGGGAUUUCUUCAAGCACCUCGCCACGGUCGAAACGGUACUGCGAAACGAUAUCCUGUUCCAUCCGCACUAUCGCUACUAUGUGCGCGAGAUGCGCAUUUCGGCGUACACGCAGCUGCUGGAGUCGUACCGGUCGCUCACGCUGCAGUACAUGGCGGAAGCGUUCGGCGUCAGUGUGGACUACAUCGAUAGCGAGCUGUCGCGGUUCAUUUCGGCCGGUCGACUGCACUGCCGGGUGGACCGUGUCGGUGGCAUUGUGGAGACGAAUCGGCCGGACAGCAAAAACUGGCAGUAUCAGGCCACCAUCAAACAGGGCGACAUACUGCUGAACCGCGUGCAGAAACUGAGCCGUGUUAUUAACAUUUAAAUAUUAAAUUUUGCUUUCUUUCAUUCGCUGCCCAGUCGCGUGUAUUUUGGGCCGGCAACUUUCUGGCAGAUUCACAAUAAACUGACACCGUUAUGGGCACACUUA